AUUCUAGUCUGAUAACUUCAGUGCACCGAGUGGGCUGAUGCAACGUGGUGGCCGAGGGAGGGUUGUGUUACAGGAGCGGCGGGUGUGGGCUGGCGGCGCCGGCCGGCGAGGGUGCGGGUGCGGGCGCUGGUGGGCGCGCGGCUAUAAGUAAGAGGUGCGCUCGCGCCGGCGAGGUUAGUCGCCGUACGGCAGCGCGUCGCCAGCGGUGUCCCCCGCCCCCCUCCGCCGCAGCCCGAGCUCCGGGCCCUCGCCCUCCGCCGCAGACAACAUGACCGCCAGGAUAGCGCUAUGUUUAUUAGUGUGCACGCUUUACACGGCGUGCGCCGAAGUUGAUAUCAUCACGGAGCCACGGCCUGGUGAAGAGUAUGUACUUGUUAGUUCAGGUCAACAAACUCCAGUGAGGAAUUUUGAAACAUCACACAAAAUCCCAGAGAAACACCCCAAUCAUCGGAAUUUUAAACAAGACGAUAGCGAGAAAAUCAUCAAGAAAUUACACAGCGGCAAAGUAAAGCAUGCUACCGAGGGGAUUGUGGCUAUUGAAGAAGACAAAAAAGCUUUAUUCAAAAAGGGAUUGAAAAGUAAAGCGACAGAAUCCAUUGAGAUUGACUUACCCGUAUCGAAAUUAGAAGAUAUCAGAAUUCGAGAAAAUUUGAAGGAUGUUGAAACAAACCCCAAAAUGGCUGUUGCUUUGGAAGCGAUGUCAGAAUCUGGAAAAUUAAGUAAAACCGCAGGCACAACAACACAGAAGCCUGUAUUAACCACAGCACCCACAGCCACAACGAAAGCGUACGACUACAUCCCAAUCAACUUCGAUACUAUUGAUGACAUAAACACUGGAUUAUUAUCAUCCAAUGUUAACUUAGAAACAGCUGGAUCUGAACAAAAGCCUCAGUCAAGAAUCCAAAUCAAGAAGGGCCCUAAUGGUCAGGAUUACGAAUAUGAAUACAUAUAUUACUACUAUGAUGAGGAUGAGGAUAAGAAAGACGGCAAGGGAAAAGAUGGAAAAGGAAAAGACAAAUCAACUUCUACUGCAGCUCCCGCAACAUACAACUCUCAUGAUGGUCCAGAGAAAAUCGAAACCGACAACCACAUUGCUAACGAAAGUAAAACAAAGAACAAGUACAGUACUAUCGACAGAACUGUAACCACGACAGCUGCUACUCCAGAGAUCCAGAACGAGGUGGUCCCAGCGACAACACGAGGCCGAGGCCGCGGCCGCAACAUCGCUCCUGCACCUGUCUCAGAAGAAGAUGAAGAAGACAUCAGCGUCAGAUUGCCAUCAAGCACACGGUUCCCGCCUCGAGGUCGUAAUUUAGCAUCAGCUACUUCAACAACUUAUGUACCCGAAGUAUCUUCGGAAACUAUUAGACAACGCGGACGGUCACAAAGCGACAGUGUAGCUGAUGAAUCGAUUGGUCAAACCAGAAGCAGGACCCGUGCGCAUAUCAGGCGCCCUAGCUCAGAGCUUGUUGACUUGGACAGCUUCAAAACUCACUCCGGAGAUAUCCCAUCACCCUCUCAGUACAAAGAGCCGCCAAGCAGAUACUCUUCAGAAAGUCGCACAACCACUGAAGAAGUGCCUGAAACAUCGCCAGUUACCAAAGAACCUACAAUUGUCAAAGAAUCCUCCCGGGAAGGACACAGCUUGGCGUCGGGUAUCAAGUUCCAAGAAGUGCUCGACGACUCCAAACUCCCCUCUGACUACAAGCAGACCACACCCUACGAGCAGGACACCACUGAGUACACCACAAUGACCGCUAUGGAGAAAGUAGCUCUAGACCUGUACGCAUACUUAGCGGGAGAGAACUUAAACAAUGACAUCAACCCGACGAACGAGAUCAGUUUUGACGGAACAACUACCGAGUUGGACGACUCAUGGACCACCACCGAUUUCAGUACGACCGAAGAGGCGACAACACCUACCACAACUACGACAACCACUACUACAACCACCACAACCACAACCACAGAGGCACCGACGACGACCACGUCCGCCGCCCCCACGCGGCCGUCGAGGUUCAAGGGUCGCGCCGGGGCCCGCACGCGCGCCUCCACCGCGGCCAGCGCCAGCGCGCCCACCGAGGCCCCGCAGGAAACCUCUACGAGAGUGCGAGGUCGCUUCGGCAAGCCGACUCCCGGACGCAAGACCACCGCAGCCGCCGGCUCCGCCAACAACGCCGAGGCCGCCACCGCUGCACCAGCCGAAAAACCAGUCUCACAACCUAAGGCAUUCGGCCGUCGUGGACUGUUCGCCGGCCGCACACGCCCAAGCUCCACCACUGCAGCCCCCGCAUCGGAAGACCAGGCAGCUGUCAACGCUCCCGCGUCCAGUGAAGCCCCUGCACCCAGACCUAGGCUCCGUCCAGGACUGAGGCGAGGUCCUUCAAGUACUAGCACUACAGCUGCCGCGGCCAGCUCUGCUGGUGAAGACAGCACGUCAGCCAACGGCUCUGGUGAAGUAGCCGAGACUACGCCAACCCCGUCCAGAUCUAUUGGUCGUGGUAGACCCGGUCUACGGCCAGCCUCCCUGCGUCCCGGACCCAGGCUGAACCUGCGCCCUAACCCUCGUGUGCGCGGCGGUGUCAGCGCGUCCCCUGAGGCCGCGUCCGAAGCGCCCGCAGAGACCUCCGCACCUGAAGCGCCUGCCACUGAUGCUGAUGCCGAGGCCUCAUCACCCACUCCAGCUCCCGAAGCCCCUCGCAGCGGCCUGAGGGUCCGCAACAGACUGCAGGUGUCCCCCUCGCCCAAGCCCCGCGCCUCUGUCACUCCCCCCGCACGUCGUGUCAACCCAUUGCUGAAGAGGAAACUGGUUUCCACAGAGGCAACAACAGAAGCAGCUAAGAAGCCAACUGAGACGACAGAAGAGAGCACAAGCGCUGAGAAGAGCGAGACGGAGACCGAGCCGACGCCGUCGGAGACCACUCCCGCGCCGCCGCUGCGCGGACUGGACGCGCUCAUCGCCAAGCGGCGCGCGGCCGGCGGCAUCGGCGGCCGGCCCGCGAGACCCGUGACCGGACUACCACCCAAAUAACCACCUACCAUACCCACUCACCUCUCCUUAAAUACCCAAUGACAUCAUACCGCAUGCUGCAACUUAAGCAAAGUAUCUAAAAAUCAUAACAAGAUACUCCAGUGACAAAAUUUAAUCAUUUCUAUCACCUUUAUUUAAAGUUUGUUUAAUUAUAAUUUAAAUUUUCCCAGCUAAGUUGAGCAUUUAUGACAUGUCAUUAAUCUUAGUCAAUUUACUUCAGAAACGACUUAGGUGUUAGUGUUUUUCGUCAACGUACUAUCUACCUAAUAUCAACGUUUUUUUCAACUAUAGUUUUAAUAUCUGUAAUUAGUAUAAGUUUCUAAUAUUUUUCAUAUCUAGUAAUGUACCUGCGGGUACUCUCAACUAAGUACUAUUCUUUAUAUUUUACAAGUGUUAUGUACAUAUUAGUAGUAGAUAUUGUUACGAGUAAGUCCGGGGUUCCGUGUAUAAGGAACGCUCCCGAAAAAUUCAAUAUAAACCAAAUCAAUAUCUCUAUAACAUCUAAAGAAAUAGUUGUUUCAAUUUCGGCAAGUCUAACUUCUAAGGCACCUGUAUUGUUCUUGGAUCAUUAUUUUCUAUAUCGGGACUCGUAAAUCGUGACUGCAAUUAAAUAAGAUAGGUCUUGAAACUGAUGUGAGUGAGCCACUCCAUUACACAUUACGCCUCUCCAAUUCCACAGGAAUUCGCUUUCUCCAGAUCUUGGAUGUAUCUGUAAUAUCAUGUAUUGUUCUUAUCUUGACGCACUAUUUGUAUUGCAAACGUUCGUCGAUCAUUCUCAUUCGUGUGUAUUUAUAUUUGAGUGAUAAAGAUGUCCUAAUGUAUAAUAGUAAUGUCGUUUCAAUAAUGACCGUCACUCAACUCGAUAUUACACGUCUCCUGAAGCACUGACUGCUAGUGCCAUCGUGAUAUGUUUUUGUAUCUUUCGUAAGUGUGAUAAUAAAAUUAAUAAUUAAGAUUAUACAGUUUGGA